UCAUCCGUCAUUUCCAACAACGAAAACUCGCGCAAAGAGUUGGUCAACGCAGACCCCAAACGACUGGUCAUCAAAUUGAGUCGAUGCGAGUCGUCCGGACAGGUCUGGAAACCGGUCACUAUUGUUACCACAAACUCAGCGCAGAAUAACUUGAAUGCAAAUAAUAUAACCGAAACGAAUCCAAUGAAUGGACAGACACUCGUCGGGACUACUGUUCAACAGUUUCAGGGAUUGAGGAAUAUUCCCACGAAUUGUAUUCCCGUUAAGAAGCGAUUCUUAAUACAAGGCAUUAAUCAUAACUCAAUCGCUGAACAACAGAACCCGACCCUCACUCACAGCGCGAACGCAUCGGUUGCUAAUAACUUGAAGCAAAUGCCCCACACUUUUCAAAUUACAGGGGUCCAAACGAACCAAAACAAUAAUUUAAAAGUGUUUCGACUCAAAACGUUGGAUCAAUCGUCCAAUGAAUUGUCUGCCAAUCAAAGUCCUAUUGUUUCCAAAGAAGUUGUCACGCCUUUUGAUAAACCGACUACUAAUGGGACGGUUUGUCACGAUUUCGAGGACAACAAUAAUUCUCAAAAUUUUACUAAUUCUUAAAAACUGAGAUUUUUGUUAAAAACGAUUAUUAUUUGUAUUUUAUUUAAACUUUAAUAUUUAAAAAUUAUUUAAAAAUUUUUAAUUUAUGUGACUUUCAUUAACUUUGAAUUACUUUUAAGCACAAGAUGUUUGUUUUGUUUUAUAUUAUUUUUUGUGAUAUUUUCA